GUCAUUUAAAUAUUUUUAAAGCACUUGUCUCUUUUAUCAAUCUUAUUGUAUUUAACUUGUUAAAAUUUUGUUAAAGUCUAAAAUACUUUUUACAUUUGUAUUUUCUUCAUUUUUUUAUUACAUAGGUGUAAAUAAUAAAGUUUAAUUAAACCUACUCAAGGCUAAGAUUUACAAAUGUGUGUUGUAGGCUGUUGAAAUCAAGAGUUCACAAUUGUAAUAGAAUUUCUGUCUAAAUAUUUGUCAAAAUUGCAUAUAUUGAAUUAUUAAUUCAAUCUGUCAACACCAACACAAUUAUCAAGCAAAUUAUAAAGACUGAAUUCAUUUCAAAUGGAGAAUAGCACCUUCUUCAACUCAACAACAUACCAACAACAUGAUCCAAAUAUUCAAGACAUUUUACAAGGCCUCUACAUCUGCCCAAUGGCUUUCUUUCUGUCCUUUGUGUUUCUUGCGGACAAAAUGAAAGUGCCAAAUCAACUGUUAGCAAUGAUCUAUGGAUCUAUGAUCGGUCUUGCCUAUUAUUACAUACCAUUACUGGAGGGACAAAUUGUUUUCUUCUGGAAACCUGAUAAUAUUAUCGUUCUGUGUCAUCCGAUAAUGCUCAUUAAAGUUGCUUUUUCAGUGGACGUGUACGCUUUUGCUCAGUCAAAAUGGCAAAUCUUGAUUGUAGCCACAUUAGGCACUGGAAUGUUCAUUUGCCUCUUUGGUUUCCUUGUGAUGGUAAUGAACAACCGAGAAGUGAAUCUUGUCAACAUCAUUGCAGCCGGAACGACACUGGCUUCAAUAGAUGUUCCGGAUGUGCUCAUGGAGCUUAAUCGUAUAAAAAAUUUGGAAGUAGUGAUGGAUGGAGAAUCUGUAUUUGGAGCUGCAUUGUGUAUCAUGACUUACAAUUUCUGCGUGGGAUUUUAUACACAUAUUGUCACCGAAUGGUAUCAUGUUGUGUGCUUGUACUUGCGGCACAUUAUCCUAGCCAUAAUUAUGGGUCAUUUGAUUGGCAAAAUGGCGGCGUUCUCCUUCAAAUUGUUUUACCAAGACGCUUAUAAUGCGACGAUGAUGUUACUUGCUAGUUGCUAUGGCGCAUACUAUUUGUGUGAACAGUACCUCUUCUGCAGUGCGACAAUUUGCACAGUUUUUGUGGCGCAUUACAUGGCGAAAGCAAGAUCUCGACUUUCGCCCAAUACCGAUGCAAAAGUACAGAUUGUCGUUGAUAACGCGUACAAUGUGGUGGAGUUUAUAAAUUGUAUAGCACUCUCGGCUAUUGUGACCUUUGGAAUGGUAAAAAUGUACAAAAACUUUGAUUUUGCUGUCGCUUUGGGUGUGUACAUAAUGGGCAAUGUACUCAGAAUAUUAAUCUUUCUAAUCCUGUACCCGAUAUUGACACGAUUGGGACUUGGUUUUAACAUAACAACGUUAUUAACUAUUUCCUGGGCUGCAAAACGUGGAUCUCUCCAACUCUUACAAGUUGUUUUCAUUUUCUACUAUGGGAUCACAGAAAUUCUUGGAACGGAAUUACUGUGUUUCACGGUGGUUUACUUGACACUGUCUUUUCUAAUUAAUAUGACGUCUUUGGGUUACCUUCUCAAGUAUUUUGGCCUCAUUGAAUUCACAAUGGCGCGCAAGUAUAAUAUUACCCACUGCAUUUCGAUGCUAAUGGCCAAGAGACAACGUCUAAUGUUUGCGCAGAAAACAAAUCGACUCUUGUCGGAUUUAAAUUGGGAAUUGAUUCGCAAAUUGACUGAGUUGAACAAUCCUUACGCAGCAAUUAGUGGAGAUCUAGAACGCGCCAAUGAGUUUGAAACCGUGUGCCCUUUGUGCUCUAAGAAUAUUCCAUAUUUGAGUUCAGCGCAGGAGCAACAUGAAUUCAUUAAUGAUGUUAGAAGUAAUAUCUUGAAGCGACAACGAAUCACGUUGGUUCGUCUGUCCGAGUUAAAUUUGAUUCGAAAAAAAGAGUUUGAUAUUAUCAUUCAAUAUAUUGAACUUGCUUUAAAUUCAGCUGAGUUAAAAGUUCCUUAUAAGCAUUUUCUAGAGUUGUUUAAUAUUGACAAAGUUUACGUAAGAUGGCAGAAAAGAAUAAACCGUAAUAAAAUAGACGUUGGCUCAAUGAUUUGGAGACGCUGGGCAGUUUACAGUUUUCUCCGGGUUUUCACACACAGAUGGUUCCUCUAUUUGAAAAUUACAAUAAGUGUCCUUAUUACAAUUUUAAUUUUAAUCUGGAUAUUCCUAGUUGCAUUUCAUAUUAGCUUUGCGCAUUAUUUAUUAUGGGCUGGAUAUGGACUUGAACUAUUUUUCAUAUUUGAAAUCCUAAUUAAUAUCGCUUCGUUUAAGUGUGAAUCAGUGUAUCAGAUGUACUUUAAAAUUUGCUGGAAUUUUUAUGGUAUUUUCCUGCUACUGCUUGGUAUUACGUCAUUGAUUGCUUCUGUGGUGUUUGGCUUUCAUUAUAUUCGCAUUACAUGCCUUUUAAGAGUACUUUCCUAUGAGCAAAUGGGAAUCUACUUUUUGCCAUUCCUCAAUUCAAUGCUCAUUCGGAAAAUCGAUCGACAAUUGGCAACUGCUUAUUGCUUUGGUCUCGCAAUUGUAACAAGCCUCGAGGAGGUCCAAUCCAAUCUCCAUUCAAUUUGCAAAAUACCACAUGUAUAUGAUUUCAUUGCAAGACAAGUUCAAAAUGACAAAAUGUGCUUUAUGGAAAUGCUUGCAUUUGUUCAAUAUACAAAACCUCAUGUCGCAGUAGCCACAAGCACAUUUCAACUGAAGAUGUCUGUAUUGAAAGAAAUGUACACAACUGCACAAGAGAUAUUCGACGUUGGAGCCAUUGAGGAGUUUGAAUAUCACAUAUUACGCAACAUUAUCGAAAAAACAACCUGGAAAGUUCGUCCGACGACCGCUGUCCAAUUAAAUUCAGCCAAAACAAUGUUGCGCGAAAUACCGUGGAUAGGCGCCGACGAUGAUAUGUUUGAAUAUCUUUGCUCAAACAUAAUGCUAAGGAUAUGGGAAAGUGGUGAAGCCAUUUGCGAAAAAGGUGAUUUUAUUGAUGGUAUUGUUGUUAUAACGCAAGGUCUUCUAAAAAUGACUUACGAACCAGAUGAAGACAUGCUAUUUAAUUUAGAGAGAUUUGGAAUGUUGCCAAUCAAGGAAAGACUAGCAAGCACUAACUUUAAAGAACCCGAAGAAGAGUAUUUAUUCAUGGGGAAUACAAUUGGUGAAUUAUCGUUUUUGACGGGACGUCCUUACGAUUGCCGGAUUGAAGCGGUACGCAGUACGAGUGGAUUAGUUAUUACAAAAAACGUUCUUCUUGAAGCGUCUGACUUUAAUACAGAUCCUAUUUUUGGACUUAUCUGCCGAAUGUGGAAACACGUGACAAGUACAAUCACGUGGCGUAUAUUAAUGGAAAAAGCACAUUAUCACAAUAUUUCUAUUACGUAUUUGCAUUCGGUAAUGAAUCGUGCUUUUAUACCAAACAUUUCACACUAUCAAGUUCUUCAAGUAUCAAACUAUAUUGAUGACAUCAUUAUAAUCGAUGGAAUGGUAGUCGACUAUAAUACCAAAAAGCAAUAUAUGGCGCCAUGUUGUAUUCCCAGAUUGGUCCACCAACUGCAAGUCUUACCACAGAAUACAAAUGCAAUAUAUGUAAAGCCAACAAUAGUUGUAAUACCACGCAUCAUGAUUGAUUCUUAUACAGUAAUGGAAACAACAGAAGACAUAUCGCAGAUUAAAAAGGGCGCGCAAUCAACAGCACCCGUUCGAAACGUAGCAAUUCGAAAAAUAAAGCGAGAAUGUGCAAUCGAAAUGAUUCGUGAUAGAGAAAAGCUUUCAGAAGUAGGAAAAACAGAUGAAGAAGAGAGAAUGCAUCGAAACAGCAUAAACGAAACCAAAAUGACGUCAAUUUUAGACUACCUAUCACAAAAAUUUUAA